UGAUAGCUCCACAUUGAAGACAAAUAUAUAAAGGAAAAAACAAGAGGUGUGUUUUCCCUCUAAAAGAAGUCGAGCUGGAAACUCUAAGUUUUCCACCAUGACGGUAUCCUACACACUCAAGGUGGCUAAUGCUAAGUUUGGAGGCUUUACAAAGUUGCUCUUCCGAUGGAAAGGAAGCAUUUACAAGCUUCUAUACAGAGAAUUCCUGGUCUUCUGUUUCCUGUACGGCUUCAUCAGUAUUCUAUACAGAUGUGUCCUCGAUAACACACAACAAGAGGUGUUUGAGCGACUUGCACGCCAUUGCAACAAGUUUGCCAAACUCAUCCCUAUGUCAUUUGUUCUUGGUUUCUAUGUCACCCAGGCGUUUCAGCGUUGGUGGGGUCAAUAUACAAGCUUUCCCCUGCCUGAUAACCUGAUGAUGGUCGUGUCUGGGAACGUCCACGGCACAGAUGAAAGAGGCCGUCUGCUGAGGAGAACUCUGAUGAGGUACGCAAACCUGUCCUCGGUCCUCAUCCUGCGCUCCAUCAGUACACGGGUACGCAAGAGAUUCCCGGCUCUGGAGGACAUCGUGGAGGCAGGAUUCAUGACCGCAGACGAGCUCAAAAAACUAAACCAUCUGUACUCUGACUUCAACAAAUACUGGAUGCCACUUACAUGGUUUGCAAAUCUGGCGUCGCAAGCGAGAAAAGAAGGGCGUGUGAACGAUGAUAUAGCCUUGCGACUGCUCAUGGAUGAGCUGAAUAACUAUAGAUCAAAAUGCAGCAUGCUCUUCCACUACGACUGGAUCAGCAUCCCCUUGGUGUACACACAGGUAGUGACCGUGGCUGUGUACUCCUUUUUUAUGUUCUGCCUAAUUGGGAGGCAGUUUGUAAAACCAGAGAAACCCGAUGAAGACAAAAUUCAUCUAGACCUUUAUGUCCCCAUCUUCACUCUACUGGAGUUCUUUUUUUACGCUGGUUGGUUAAAGGUAGGGGAACUUAUUAUAAACCCAUUUGGAGAAGAUGAUGAUGAUUUUGAGACCAAUCAACUCAUAGAUCGCAACAUUCAGGUUUCCAUGCUAGCUGUAGAUGACAUGCAUCAUAAUCUUCCUCUGCUUGAGAAGGACAAAUACUGGGUGGAUAAGGGUCCUUCAUAUCCUUCAGCUACUAUGAAGCCUGUCUUCAUGGGUUCCACACACGACAUGAGGAUACUUGAGGAUGAUAACGAGGAACCUUUAGCAACCCCCAAGACACAAAUGCUUGCCAUCAAUGUGUGGCCAACUACUCACAAAAAAAAGCAGAAGAACAAGAGCUUGCAGCAAUUAUGUCUUUGCUGCAGGUCUAAAUGUAAGGGUGAGCGCUCAAGGCUUGAACAGCCUAUGAAGAGCAGCAUCCCAUCAGCACUGCAGCAACAACACAUGAUUAUUCAACAUGUUUGCCCUGAUAAACUCUUGGGGUCACCUGAAACUACAGGGCAAGCAAACCAAGAGCCAUAAAUGUUAAAACUACCAUUACAGGUUUUGCUUUGCAAGAUUUUUUUCUGGGAUAUUCAAGGAUACAUUUAUCCCUGCUUACAUGUUUUUAUUGUCUUAUUAAAGAUACAUUGUGCAACA